UUUCUUACUUUUGAAUCUUAUAAUACACUAUAAAAAAAAUCGCAUUUUAUAUCUCCUAAAUUACUCGGGGAAUAUCACAUCAAUCAAAUUAUUUAUACCAGGGAUUGAUUCGCGAUGUUUAAUUGGGAAUACAGUAGUUUAUCAAUGAUUUGGGCAAUUGUAUUACACAUAUAUUAUUGAGGUAGCUUUCAUGGUUCAAUUUAUAACAUACGAUGUUACCGUCGAUGCUGGACCAAAAUUUAUUUCAAACCGGUAGGCACAGAAAAAAGUUAACUCUCAUGGUAAUCCCUGUCAAAAAAAUGAAUCAGAAAUAUAUCUACAUCGUACACUUUCAAAAUCGACCGUUUGAUCUAAAAUCUUCUCGUCUCUUUAUUUAAUCAAUACAAGACUCUUCCAUCUGUCUGUAUUUGAUUGUACCGCAUGUCAAAUAUAUAUUUCAGAGCAAUGGAUUUACAGUUAAUUGCAUAUUUUAUUAAACUGCCCCAAGACUCAAAGCUUUUAAAUUAUCAACUUUAAGAUCAAAUCGUUUGGAUCAAACUUAUGCAUUCAAAAUGUGGAAUUAUAAUGACCUUAAAAUUAACAGAAAAUGCUCGCUGAGUAUAUACUAGUAUCAGUAUAUUCUGUAGUCUCAUAUUAACCUGUGGUGAUUGUCGUAUGUAUUGUAUUAUCUAUGUUCAUUGUUUACUAAAUACGGAAAAAAACAUGAAACCAAAUAAACAAAUUCCGGAAAUCUUAUUUAUCUGAGUACUAACUAAAUCCUCGUUGAUUUCCAAUCACAAUUUUCUUACUUCUUCUGUCCUACGUAUAGUAAAAUAAAUAAAUAAAAAUAACUUUCGUUGGCCGAUAAAAAUAUAUUUUUUUUUUACUUUUUACAAUUAUUAUGUUACAACUGCUUUACUGAAAUGGUUAACAUAUGCAGAAUUUGCUUAGACAAAGCUGGGACUAUUUCCCUUUAUGCUGCGCAAUCAAAUGAGAUUCAGUACUGUACAAAACUAUCACGUUUUAUAAAUGUAUCAAUGAAUGAAGACGACGGUUUCCCUACUCAUAUCUGUGAAGAAUGUGUAGUAGAGCUUAACACCUGUUAUCAAUUUGUGCUUAAAUGUGAGGCUUCAGAAAAAGCUUUAGAAUGCCUCAACACUGAGUAUUAUGAUUAUCAUUUUGAUUUAAAAAUUGAAUCUGAUAAUAUAAAUAUUGAAGAAACAAAUUUCGCUGCUGCAGACAGCCGUAUAGAUCAAAGUUCAUCUGUAAAAGUUUCUCCAGACACUGUGAAUGAUAUCAAAGAAAGUAACCAGGAAGAAUUUAAGGAGAAAAAAACUCGAAAAAGGGUUAGCACUAAUGCUCAAGCACAGUGUGUGGUAUGUGGACUACUCGCUAAAAGCAAUUCAGCCCUUGAGAUACAUAUGCGUGUUCACACAAGAGAAAAACCAUUCAUAUGUGAUCAAUGUGAUGCUAGAUUCACAUGCAAAGGUAAUUUAAAACGCCAUAUAGAUGUUUAUCAUUCUGUCAGAGAGCGCAAGUUCACUUGUGAAAAGUGUGGCAAUAGUUUCUUCAGUAAAAAUGACAUCAUAACUCAUAUUCGUGUUCACACUAAUGAAACACCAUUUGCUUGCAUGUACUGUCCUAAGAGGUUUAAACAGUUAACAUCAAGAAAUCGUCAUCAAACUAUUCAUACAGGCUUAAAGCCUUACGCAUGUCCUCUCUGUAACAAAAAAUUUGCUCAUCGGAAUCUGGUAGUAAAACAUCAGAGUGUCCAUAGUGAUGAAAGGAAAUUCACAUGUCACUUGUGCAAUAAAUCUCUGAAAACUAAGUCGAGCCUCAGAGUGCAUAUGGGCUUGCAUCAAAAGGAGAAAAGAAACAUCUGUAGUACUUGUGGGAUGUCAUUCUCCAUGAAAGGAAAUCUACAGAAUCAUAUAAGAAGAGUUCACUCAGAGAAAUCGGGUCAAUGCAAUGUUUGUAUGAAAACAUUUUCUAAUCUGGAAGUACAUAUGAGACGGCACACUGGAGAGAGGCCCUAUGUUUGUCCUAUUUGUAAUGUAGCCUUCGCCCUCAAAGGUGCAUUAAAGUACCACAUGUUUUUCAAACACGAAAGCUGUAAUAAAUUUAAGUGUACAGUGGAUGACUGCAAAAAGACUUUUCCAACAGCAUAUAUUUUAGAGUGCCACCUGUUGAAGCAUCAUUCAAAGAACACACCCUAUGUUUGCCCGUAUUGCCACAAAGGAUACUACCGCACUAGUGAUCUAACAAGGCACAUAAAAACUCACAAGUUCAAUGUUUAAACUUAGAUCUAUGAAAUAUAUUAAUAUGCGUUAUGUGAAUAUGUACAUCCUUAUUGAAAGACUGAUUACAAGUAACUUUUAUAGUGUAGAAGACAAUACUAGUUAGUGUGAAAAAUUCUGAAUCCUGUUUGCUUAGAUCUCAUGUCUUAUAUAUUGUAGUAAAAGGAGUUAAAAGUAUGAGCAUAAUGUACUAGUGACAUACAUGCUAUUUAUAGGCUUAAUAUAACAUAUUUAUUGCUAAAGUAUACUGAAACAGCUAAUUUCAUACCACUUAUAUAUUUAUUAUAAAAUACAUGCUAUUAGUCAACUGACGUUUUUUUAACAAAAAAACUUAAUAUUUUACAGUUCAUUAAAUUAAACAUGAGUUGUGACAAUGUACUAAAAAAUGAACUUUAUUCCGAUCAGUUGUACAUUUUACGUAGUUGUGAUUUAAUUUUGACAAGAGAGAGCAACGAGAAUUCAAUAGAUAUUAAACACCGUUUUCGAAGCCAUUUCCUUAAAUAUUGAAUACAUAAAAUGUGUUUUAUAUAUAUACUUUAUUUUCUGGAUUCUAAAAAUGAGCACCAAAAUACUUUAAUUAAUGUGGAAUAGCUCUGUGAGAAUACUCUGCGUAAAAUAUUAAAAUAUAUGAUAUGGGGUAAAGCAUUUUAUACCGACGCGGCACACUUGAAAUUUAAACCACGGAUUUCCGCGCCACUGAUUUCGAAGGGACUCUAACUCACAACCUGACGACCGUCUGACGUUUCCCUACAGGAACAGUGGUCAGUGGACAGGAUGUAUCGUUUCUACCCCACUGCUCCCGAAAAAGGGUAGGGCAUGUUUUUAGGUGAUUCCGAGGCUUGAUGUUGCUUGUGACAUGCAACUUUUAUAGUUUAAAUAAUUAACAUCUUAGUUUAGUAAGAAGUAAUAUUCUUUGAAAAUAUUUCUGUCACAGAUUUACCAUACCUAUAUUAUUUAUAGAAGCUUUUUUGCAGGCGUUUAAUUUGUUUUAAAAAUUUAACAAAACUGUUUUAUUUUAAUAUAUUCACAUUGUAAUAUUGGAUUAUAAAAUUCUAAGAUAAGUA